UUCUGAGGCGCAAGGGAUCCGAGGGACAAACACAAAAACUUGUUCAAGACUGAAACAAUGACGAAGAUCUCCGAUCUUCCAAUAAAUUUGGUAGAGGAGAUUCUCUAUAGGGUCCCUGUUAAAAAUAUGAGAGAAGUUCGAUUAACUUGCAAAGACUGGGACACUUUAUCCCAAAGCCAAAGCUUUUCAAAGAUGCAUAGCGCAGUAAGAAGGGAAGUUGAGUCUAUGAUGAUCGUACUGAUGGAUUUCAAUCUAUAUCUCACCAAGGUUGUUCUCUCGGACAAUGAAGAUCCAACCAUAGAGUAUAAAGGUAAACUUAACAAACAAAUCAAAAUAUCUCAAGCUUUCCACUGUGAUGGUUUAUUGCUAUGUGUCUUGGAAGAUGAUGAUACCAAAGCUAUUGUUUGGAAUCCCUAUUGGGGUCAAACAAGAUCGAUAGAAUUUAGAUUUUCUCACCGCCGAAGGGUGGGCCCCCGAAAGGUGGGAUGUGACAGGUUCAAAUAUGCUCUAGGAUACGAGGACAAAGGCUCUUGUCGUGGUUACAAAUUCUUGAGGUUUAUAGAAUACUACGUUGACUAUGAGACCAGAAAAGAGUUUGACUGGUAUGAGAUUUACGAUUUCGACUCUAGUACAUGGAAGACUCUUGAUGUCACUCCAAACUCGCGUAUAUUAUGUCAUCAGGAGAAGGGUGGCGUGUCUCUCAAAGGAAACACUUACUGGCCUGCUUUACAAAGUUACCCAGAAAAUUACUCGAUUGAUCACAUGAUCUGUUUCGAUUUUGCAAGUGAGAGUUUUGGUCCCCUUCUGCGUCUCCCUUUUAGCGCUGGGCAUGGUGACUAUGUUACUUUAUCAUGUGUUAGAGAAGAGAAGCUUGCGGCUUUACUUACUCACGACGAAGGAGGUCCAUUGGAGUUUGACAUAUGGAUUAGUACUAAGAUUGAGGCCGAGAAGGUGUUGUGGAGCAAGUUCUUGAGAGUGGUAACGGAAACGGGAUUUUUCGCUCUGGUGAAUUCUCGUGGUUACUUUAUUGACGAGGAGAAGAAAGUGGCCAUGGGUUUUGCAGAAUACGACACCAGAACAUUUAACAUCGUUGGAGAGGCUGGAUAUUUAAAAGAGCUGGAACUCGUAGAAGGUUUACGCGGUAACAUAGUGUAUGGUAGGGCAAUAGCGUACUCUUAUGUUCCAAGCCUAGUGCAAAUUAAGCAACCUGAUGCAGGAGGUAAAUGGAAACACCAAAGCGACUUAGAAAAGCAACGAUUUGAUCAAAAAAUGUCUGGACUUGUUGCAGUUAAAAAUCGUAUCAAGUUUUGGUAAUCUGCAGGAGGAAGGCAAAAGGAGAAUAAACGAAAUGAUGUUUCUUUCAACUAUGUAUUUUUAAUUAAGAUGUCGUUUUGGUGUUGGUUUUCCCUACUUUUUCUUUAUAUGUUAUCAUUUUUUCUGGAUUUUGAUGAGUUCAAUUAUUGUUUCUUUU